AUGAUAGAAGUAGUGAAAUCAACCACAAACGCCGAUCGCAGCGUAGAUAACCAAAAGGAAGUGAUGUCAGUAGAUGGUGCAAGUGAGGUAGAAAGAGAACGUGUUUCUCAACUACUCGAGGAAAACAUGCGAUUACGGGCGAAGCAAUCACAACUGCAGGACCAACUAGCGGACUUAAAACGACAGCUAAUUUCUGAGAGGAGUGAGCGUCAGGGGUUGGAUGUUGAGCUUGACGACGUUAAGAAAAGCCUGCGACUCACGAGGGACCAACUCGACCAACACAAGCGGGAGAAGAGCGAGCUCUCCUUGAAGUUGUGCACCAUGACAGCAGAGAGGGAUGAACUUGAGGAAAAGUUAAGCGAGGCGUGGAGUAACGUAGCAAAUCUUCAAGAAUCAGCGAAUGCAAAGGAGGCAAUCAAUAAAUCGUUGCAGGACACCAUCCAUCGCGAAAGAAGGGAACAAGACGCACAAAAGGUGCUGAUGCAGGCGAUGGUUUCGCAAUUGUCAACUUUGGAGCAGCAAGUAAUUACAGGCGCCUGCGCAGAGGAACAACAGCGCCAAACAAGUGAUGAAGUGUGGCGUGCCACCGAAGAGGAAGUCUUUCGCUUCUCCAGUAUACUUGAGGAGUUGGCGGACAGUCUGACUUUUUCAGGUAGCUUCGGUCCCUCCGUGGAUCGUUGUCGCGAGCUCCUGCAGUUACAACCACGUCCGGCUAAUGGGGAGAGUAUGGCUGCUGCGGACAUUGUGUGUGACCAGGACGGGCUCAACAUUUCUCAUGGGGACGAGCCGAGCCAAAGGGUGAAUGGCCGCCUGUUUGCCCCCGCUUACUAUGCGCUGCGUUAUCUGCAUCAGAAGUUACAAGAACAGAGAAACGAAUUCUUCGCCUCACAACAAGAGCAACGCGUGCUUGAGGCCCACGUUUCCUCGCUGAAGGAAGAAAUUAAUCAAGUGAGUAGGGAUGGAGACGGAGUGAGGGAGCGGCUAAUGAAAAGUGAAGCGCAGCGUGCUCGGGCGGAGGCACUGUUGCAAGACUCGCGCCAGACGCGUGACGAAGAGGUCGCCCAGGCCUUAGAAACGCGGCGACGUCUAGCUAAACUUCUAAAAUGCAUGGAUGAUUGGUUUAUGAUUGAACAUUGUAUCUCUGACAGCUUACAGGAAGUGAUACAGUUGCGUCAGGCAGUUGAGGAGAAUAGGCGAUUGCACGAGCAGUACGUGAUGCGCAAAGAAGAGGAAAUGGAUUGCUUGAUUGAAACUCACCAACGGGAAAUGGACGAGCAAAGAGGACAGCUUGAACAAAUCCGGCGUGAAUGCGAACGACAUAAGCGUGCAGCUGCAUCCACUACCCCCAGUAUGUUUGUCCCCUCCCCAAUUCCCCUCUCCACGGGUUCUACAGGUGAUGAUUCCACCGUGAUGGAGCUGGUGCGUGAGCGUGAUGCUCUGAAGGUAAAAUACGAUGAUCUUCAGCGUUAUGUUGAGACGGAGUUAGAGCCACUCAUGGCAGAGCAAGACAAAGCAAUGCAAAGAGAAAAACAACGUGUGGAGGAACUUUGUCGCCUGAGUGCGGAGAUGAAACUAGAAAUGAAGCUUUUCCGGGGUGUGUGUAAGGUGUGCAGUCGUAAUACAGACGGUGAAGCCGAGGAAAAGGUUAUGUCCACAUUUGAGGCCCUCGUGCUGACCCUCCGUGUGCUUUCGGGUGCACGAAAGGACGAGCAAGAGAUGAUGCAGCAACGCAAGGCUCUAUUGCAGUAUAUAUCAGAAUAUGAGAGGAGAUUUGGAACGCUUAAUAGUAUCACUGAAUCCACUCGACUGCGUCCACUUCGCUACUUUCGUAGGGCUGUUGUUGCAGUGAUAGCCGUGAACCGACUGGCUGCAACCUACAGAACGAGUUGGCAACAUUCGUGCGGUAACAGUUUGAAUAUCCCCCUUGGUGACACUAUUGUUCCCGUCACUGUGAGGUCAACAGGUCCACAGCGUCCCAUGCGAAUCCGACUACCCCGCGAGACACGCUGCAUCGCGCAUGGUGGCCUAAUGCACAUUCCUCUUCAAAAUGUGAUCAACACUGCAAGCGAAGAGGAAGUCACACAGCGCUUGGAAUCCGAGUGUCAGGCCAUAUUUGUGACGGAACAGGAGUUGUGGCAAGUCAUGCGCCCUCCUCAUGUACCCCGCACUCUUGUAGGUGAGGUCGCUCUGCAGAGUUACAAACUACGGAGUUUAGUGGACUCCCUAAUGUUGUUUAUAACGGUUCCCACUGCACCGCAGCUGGUCCCGGAUCCAAUUCCUCUUUUGUGGCAAGGCCUCGAAAGGGGACUUAGCGCACUGCGAGCGACACCACGUGAAUGUCCACCGUUGAAAGAGGAACAGCGACGGCUUUUUCACACGCCGCAACUUUCCGUUCGCAGAGGUGAUGAUAAAUCACCACAUUCUUGCAGUUGGUUGAACGAUGAUGCGGUCACACCAAAUCAAAUGACGUUUUCUUCGGAGGAGUGGCUAUACGGCGGUAACCGUGACGGGCACGCACAGGCGAACAUAGCAACGGUACCUGUCCUCUCUCCUUCGUACAUUCUCGGGAACGGUGGUUUAGGGGGAGCACUCAGUGGAAACGGCCCUAGCGCUUAUCCGGUUCCACAGAUUAAUGAUGAGUGUACACAUGACGAUGAAACAUUGGAGGACGCCGUACGGCAGUCGCUGAUGCGGGACGUAUACGAAUGCAACGGGUUACGGGAGGACCAAUUAGGAGAGGGUUUUGCUGCGCAUAUACUGAACGUCAUUCAGGCACUCGAUCAGCGGGUGAUGGGCGCUUUAGAACGCCGAUCAAAGAUUGGUGAGCGCCGGCCAUACCGCUGA